CUGCCAUGUUUGAUGGUUCUAUUGGAGGGCGUGCUUAGUCUCUUGUUAUAACAGUGAAAAGUUUAAAAAAAUGUGUCAAAUCUUUCGAUGUUGCAAGUGACUGAGGGGGAUUUAUCAUCUUUACAUUCAACAUGUUCAUCUGUGAUGUAUUCGAUGGAAAUCCACGAGCUAGAUUGGAUCCUGACAAAAGUGGGAACAACUUACUGAUGAACCUCCACAUUAGUAAGAAUAUAGGGUUUGAUUUCCUAGUUUUUUAAGGGACAUUAGCCAAUAUCGACUCAAAUUUUAAGACAAAGUGUGUGAUACGUUAAUUAGGAAUCUGUGAAUUUGAAGAUGUAAUGGUUUGCACAUGCUGGAAGCGCCAGUUUGUUGUUAUUUUGCUUUCGUGCUUUUGACCUGUAUGGAAGAGUCCAUUUUGUGCCAGCCUAUAUCUGAAGGGGAGUGCGCUUUGUUAACAAACUGUUAAUGUUGAAGACUUUAAAUCUGUUAGAUUGGAUUUUAUUUAUUUUUGUUUUGAACUAGUGAACAUCGAAAAUCAAGGUUAUUUAUUUUUUAAAUCCUGGACUAUGCAAUGUGUUUCUAUGAGGACAACAUAACCUCUUGCAUUGUGUGUUUGUUUUGAUUUGUAUAUACAUUCCUUUUAUUUUCUUAUUUUUGUUUUUAAUUUAUUUUAAUAAACCAAGGUUGAAGUGAUCGAACUGUGUAACAUCUUAACAUUAUUGUGGUGGAAUAUUACUUGAAAAUCAAGGAAUAAAUCAGCUGCUGCAAAAUUAAUUGACUCUGAACAAGUGACUGUGUUAUGUGGAUAGAGUGAAACUCUUCCUGUUAUAUUAAAUAAUAUUAAUACUGGAGGGAACGGGAUUAGUAGUUGGUGGGGCGGAUGGUUCGAUGGUUCUGUUGAACGUGGACCUUGUGCCGGCGGCUAUGGAUUCUACCGUUGCUGCCGUGCACUCAAAGAGGGCCGACGUUUGGCACAAGCAUGAACAUCUCAUGCUCAUGGAGAAGCAGAAACCUAAAUGUGAGUAUUCGUGCCGAAUCGAAGAUGUUUCCCAUCAUUUCAAUAAAUGUGGAGGAGAGAUGGGCCCCCUGUACGGGAGGUUCGUGGGGCAGGACCACCAAGUGGAGGGCUCGGAGGAGAUGGAAGCCAUGCAAGCGAGGAUACCCACCCACUUCAGGGACCCUUCGACGGCACCGCUCCGCAAGCUCUCUGUCGAUCUCAUCAAGACCUACAAGCACAUAAAUGAGGUCUAUUAUGCCAAAAAGAAAAGACGAGCCCAGGGCACACAAGGUGAAGAUAGUUCUCACAAAAAAGAGCGGAAACUAUACAACGAUGGUUUCGAUGAUGAAAAUCAUGAUUAUAUCAUCAAGAACGGUGAAAAGUUUUUAGAUAGAUAUGAAAUUGAUUCAUUAAUUGGAAAGGGGUCCUUUGGUCAGGUUGUGAAAGCAUUUGACCAUGAAGAAUUAUGCCAUGUCGCAAUCAAGAUAAUUAAAAAUAAGAAGCCUUUUCUCAACCAGGCUCAAAUUGAAGUUAUGUUGUUAGACAUGAUGAAUAAGGCGGAUGCAGAUAACAAGUAUUAUAUAGUGAGAUUAAAAAGGAACUUCAUGUGGAGGAACCAUCUGUGCCUUGUGUUUGAGCUGUUGUCCUAUAAUCUUUUUGACCUUCUACGAAACACAAAUUUCCGUGGAGUAUCCCUCAACCUUACCCGGAAAUUUGCUCAACAACUAUGCACAGCCUUACUGUUUCUUUCGACCCCAGAGUUGAAUAUUAUCCAUUGUGAUCUCAAGCCAGAAAACAUCCUCCUUUGUAAUCCGAAAAGGUCUGCCAUUAAAAUUGUCGAUUUUGGAUCCUCGUGUCAACUUGGUCAAAGGAUUUAUCAGUAUAUUCAGUCUAGGUUCUACAGAAGCCCUGAAGUUUUGUUGGGCAUACCUUAUGAUCUUGCGAUUGAUAUGUGGAGUCUUGGUUGUAUUCUUGUUGAAAUGCACACUGGAGAACCUCUUUUUUCUGGCUCAAAUGAGGUUGAUCAAAUGAACAAAAUCGUAGAAGUUCUUGGUAUGCCUCCAAAACAUAUCCUUGAUCAAGCACAUAAAACGAGGAAAUAUUUCGAAAAGAGCCCAACUGGCGAUGGUUAUGUGUUAAGGAAAACAAAGGAUGGGAAAAAAUAUCGGGCUCCGGGAACAAGGCGUUUACAUGACAUUCUAGGUGUUGAAAGUGGUGGGCCUGGCGGUAGGAGGUUAGGUGAACCUGGCCACUCAGUUUCCGAUUACCUUAAGUUCAAGGAUCUGAUCUACCGAAUGCUCGAUUACGAUCCCAAAACUCGUGUUACACCUUAUUAUGCUCUUCAACAUAAUUUCUUUAAACGUACUGCUGACGAGGGUACAAACACAUCUGGUUCGAGCGGAUCUAGCCCAGCAAUUCAGCCAACAGCUGUUGAGCCAGGACCCUCUUCUCAGCCAGGAGGGCCAGCGGGAGGUGGCGGACGGAACGGUGCUGGGGAAAGCCAGCAGAUGGAGGUGGAAGGCUACCCCUCUGCAAGUAGCGGCGGUGGCGGGCGAAGAUAUGGUGGAAGAUACUUCAGUGGGCCGCGUGGCGAUCCAGACUCUAUCUGCCCAUCAAUGCAGCAGUCUCCGCUUGCCUCACACUGAACCUCUCUGACACCCUACAUAACCAGUCUGUGUUCAUAGAGCUAAAAGGUGUACACCUUCUUUUUUAAAAACUAUAUAAUUAUAUCUACAAACCAUAUAUACAUAUAUAUUUAUAAAUAUAUUUGUAUAUAUGUAUGUACAUAUAUAUAUAACUAUAUAAAUAUAAAAUUAAGUUAAUAUAUAAAGUAAUUAAGAAAAUAACUUUAAUAUAGUGUUAUUAAGAAAACAAAAGUACUCUUAAUUAUGAAUAAAGAGACUUCUUUGAAGAACACUAUUAAAAGUGCAGAUAAGCGAUUGAAGUUUUCCCAAAUAGUUUAAUUAUUAUGGUGAGAAAUUAAAAAAAAAAAAAAAGAAAGAAAAAUGUAGAUUGUUAAGUAGUACAAUACUAUUAUUUUAUAUAUAUAUAUAUGUAAAUAUGUAUAUUUAUAUAUGUAUGAAUAACUUAUAUACAUACAUAUAUUUAUAUAUAUAUUGAUGAUAACGAGUGUGUAAGCGUGUUUGCAAUCCCAUACCCUUCCUGAUGGGCCAAAUAAAUUCUCUUGAGGGAAAGGAACAAGCACAGUUUUUGUUUUAUUUUUGUUCUAUUUUUUGUUUUUGUUAAUGAAAAGAAAUUAUAUUAAAGAAUAUAACAUUAAUUGACUAUUGUAAGCUUCUGUAUUUUCCGACAGGAAGUUGAAGUUUCGAUUGAUUUUUAUAUUAGUUCAUUUUGUCAACGAAUCUUUAACUUCUCUAAAUAUAAAUAAUUAUUAUAUAUUUAAUGGAUUCACGUCGGACAGUAACAGAAUCAUUACAAUGCUUUUAAAAAGUAUAUUAUAAUAAUGUAAAUUUAAAUGUAAUGACUUUAAGAAAAUAGUGGAAAAUAAAAAAAAAUAAUAAAAAAAAUUUAAGAGAUGAUUUCUUCAAAAGAAUGAUUCCACAAUUUUUGAGAAAAAAAAAACUUGAAAAAAAAGCUUGCAAAUCAAUCAGUCAGUGCGUUGAAACAAGACUGAGUUUUAUGUUGUUUUCAUUUCUUUUUUUUCUUUUUUUUUGAGAUCAUAGUAGAAUUUGUUAGCCUUUUAUUUUAUUUUUAUUUUACUUCUCUGUACAGUAUGUUGAAAGUUAGUUUCAUAUUUUUCAUAGCUCAAACUGAUCAUGAACUCUUCUUCUGUUAUUAAUUUCAUGUGAGGUGAUUAAAUUCCUGAACUCAGUCUUUUGAAAUAUUUUAUUUAUCAUUAUUUUUAUUUUAACAUGUAUAAACAAUGGGGACCAGACCUGGCCUAACUAGCAACAAUUGUUCUCCCUUGUCCUUCUCUCUCUAUAUAUAUAUGUAUGUAUUUUCCCCUCUUCCUAUUAUCUAUCCUCUCUCUCCCCCCUCCCUCACAUUUCACUCGCUAGUCGUUAAAUAAUUGAAGAAUCACAUGUCAGUAUAACGGCAGGCGUUUGACUCACACAUUGUCAUCAAUACAUCACUUUUGAUUACUAUUAUGAAUUUUUUAAGUUAAUUAUAUUUAUCUGAAAUGAUUUUAUUUCCUUAACUCUUGACCUUUGAUAAUAGGAAUAAUUAUGAUAAUAAUAAUGGAGAAGAGCUCUCAGGGCAUUGUACUUACCUCAAAUUUGUUAACACAUGUAAUAAUAUAAAAGAUUAUGUAACUAGAUUGUUUUAACACCAUGCUGCCACUAGUGAUAGUAACAAUAUUUAUAGUUAUUGCAUUAAGAUAAGUGAUGAUGAAGCCUAACCACAGACGAAUCCAUAAAAAAAAAAGGCACUUAGUUAUUUGUGAUGUGUUUCUUCUUUUAUUUGACUUGCCAAACAUGUAAAACUUAGUUUUUCUUAGAUUUAUAUGAGGUUAUGAUUAUUAAUAAAAAAAAAAUUAUAUAAAUUUAGAGUUAAUAAAAAUAAGAAAAAAAAGAGAGGAAGUAAUAAAAAUGGAAAAUUAAAUAAACUAUUUGGUAUGUAUAAAUGAAUAAAAGCAUUAUAUAUAUGUCUCUAGGACUGUAGUUAAUAAGAAUUCUUAUUUGUACUGGUCGUAUAUGGAAACCACAUUGUAUACAUAUUAUAUACUAUAUAAUAUGACUAUUAUUAUUAUUAUGAUUAUUGUUAUUAUUAUACAAAGAUGACUUAAUGCACCCUCAGUCGCUACUCCUUUGUAAAUGAAUUGUAUCUAUAGAUUAUCUUGUUAUUAUGAAUUUGCUAUUAUAAAAAAAGAAAUGGUGAUCGUGAGGUUGGGUGUAUGUCCUUUUUAAUAUAAUUUUUAUUUUGUUUAGAAUUUUAAAGUGUCUAAAUUUGUAUAAGUAUGUAUGUAUAUAUAUACAUAUACGUCUAUAUGUAUGUAUGUAUGUAUAGUCGCAAGGGGGAACAUUACAAUAUGAUUAAAAAAUUAAUAAUCCCAGGUGGUUAUGUAUAACCAUCAAACAUAUGGGUAGUAUACUCAUUUAUAUAAAUAUAAACAUAGGUGAAAUACAAUUAUAGAUAAAUAAUUAUACCCUUUUAUAGAAAAGCAAUUUAAUGACAGAUUUAAUUUUAUUAUAUAAUUUUCAGUUUAAAUCCUUCUUCUUAGUAAUGGUUACCAGGCCAGAUCAUAAGUGGUUAUGUCAAUAACUUCACAUAGCUACCAUAUUUAUUCACAGUAACGACCAUCUCCUAAUUUACACAAACGUAGAAGUGCACUUUGCACCUCAUAUGUGUAAAGUAACAGGUGGUAGAUAUUUGCAUAUAUAAAUAUAUAUAUAUAUAUAUAUAUAU